AGAAUUCAGCUGAAUAAAAUGAAAAGUUAGCUAGUCAGCUAACGUUAGCUGUUUAAGAAAAAUGUUUAACUUUAGAACAUUAUUAGCUGAUUUAGCGAUUAUAGUUUGACGGAUAAUGAAUCAUUUGUAGUAUUUGAUAGGUUCACGUUAGCCGAGGCAUGCAAGCUUAGUAGAAAGUUCUGGAGGGGAGGGGAGUGGAGUGUGCGGACGGCAGGCCACCUUCUGCGGAGUCACUAACCACGUAAACAUCUUGUUUUCAGGGUUACUGCAAAAAAGAUUGGCCGUGUUUGACAGUAGGAAUACUGUGAUGUACCAUGUGUACCUAAUAACUGACCGGUCUUCAUUGAGUCGUUGUCUAUGAUGCAAGUGCUUGUUGCCAGGUGAUUCAGAAUGGGGGAAAAGCCGAUUUGGGAACAGAUAGGUUCCAGCUUUGUUCAACAUUACUACCAGCUCUUUGACACCGACAGGACCCAACUUGGAGCAAUAUAUAUUGAUGCAUCAUGCCUUACGUGGGAGGGACAGCAAUUCCAGGGAAAAGCAGCAAUUGUAGAGAAACUGUCUACUCUUCCCUUCUUAAAAAUUGCUCACAGUAUAACAGCACAAGACCACCAACCCACCCCUGACAGCUGUAUAAUGAGUAUGGUAGUAGGUCAACUUAAAGCCGAUGAGGACCCCAUCAUGGGAUUUCAUCAGAGUUUCAUCCUGAAGAACAUUAAUGAUGCCUGGGUAUGCACCAAUGACAUGUUCCGGCUCGCGCUGCACAAUUUCGGCUAAGGACACCAGAAGUGGGCAGGGGGAUAUGAGGGAAGGCUGAGGAUGGGGGGCCUCUUGCUGCGACACCUAAACGCCCAACCUUCCCUCUGUGUCAUCCAUACCCAUUUGAAAUUACACCGGAUUCCAGAUGUCAAUCACAGAGACUUGCAGGCAACAUGCACCAACUGAAAAUGAGAUGUGUUCUUUUGCUGAGAGCUCGCAGAUCCAUCAGAGUCCCUUUCCCCUACGCUGACAUGCAUGAUGCUGGGGAGCUUGAAAAUCUGAAGAUGCCAGACAAGGAAACAUUUUUUACCAACUUAUCUUUGCCGUUAAUUCUUCCAUUUUAGUUUCAUAUCCUUUCGUUUUCUUGUCUUACACCCAAGUGUGUUAUCAGGUUGCCUUAGUGUGUGCAACUAUAUUUCUCUACUUUUUACAAGUUUAAUUUAACAUUCAUGCCAGGUUUCUCUAGCAAUCCAAAGAAUCAUAUUAAAUAUUACCAAUAACACCCUUGCCUCAGACCAGCAAUCUUCACAUUUCCCACCCACUGCUCUCUGUGACAUGAAUACUAAAGCCACGAUACAAAAUAAAACGUUGACUUUUUCUUAAUGAUGUGAGCUCAUUGUUCCUCUGCCUGUCUAUCAUUUUCUCACCAUCCACUUACCUCCACUCCCUCAUUUUAAUUGUGUUCUUGGAUUUUAUUGUAAACAUUUUAUGUUCUAAUGAGAAGUUCAGUUCUACAUUUUGGAAUAUGAACUGUUCUAUCAUGUUGUUGAGAAAGAUGCGGCCCAUUCUGUUAGAUAUAUAUAGACAGGGUUCCCUCAAUUUCUUUUUCAGAAACCUAGAUUUCUUUUGACUAAUAACCUCAAUAAUGAGUAGAAGGAUGCUCUGGAAAUUGGGAACACUUUGUGCCAUCAAAGUACUGUACAUUGUUUUGCAAAACUGAGAAACAUUGCUUGCCUGUGGACAAGAAAUCCCUAAGACUUUUCCACCAGUAAAGGUAAAGUGGCAGUGAAGGUCACUUCUCAUGCUAUAAUAUUUUCACAAUAAAGAUAGGCUAGGGGAGUGUUUUUAUUUUUAUUUGGAUUUUAUUUUGAGUUUGUAAUUAUAUAAUCUUACAUUAUAUGCUGUCAAUCAAGGAUUUGCAUAACUACUGCUUUUCCUCUCAUUAGCCAGUGUGUUGUGGCUACUGGUUUCCUGGUGACACAGUGGUUAAUUGAAGAAGGUUCAAGGCAUCUCUUCAAGGUCUGCUAUAAUUCCCAGAUGUUCAAGGUAUUCUUUUCAUGUGGCAGACAGAAAUAAAACAUAUUGUGUGAAAAGUA